AAAAGUUGUAUUUUUUUUUAUGUUCUGAAUUAAUUUAAAAUACCCCCAUAAUGUCUCUUAAAAUUAGGAACAUUUUGCUUAAUGAAAUGGCUUGGUUUUGAGACAGUUCCUGCCAUUUGUGUACACUGAGCACAAGCCUAAAAGAAUCUAAGGCUGCAGAGUCUAUAUACAUAGGACUGCAGGCUUUAGCCCCUUAUCAGAGAGCUAAAUGCUGUCUAAACCCAGGCCUGAAGUAGUAGCAGCACACAGGACUGAAGUAACCAUCCUUAUCUCCCACACUGAGCAGAUGAUCCUGGGUGAACAUGUUUAUAUCCUGGAACCUGGAGAUGCUCCUUUGUUACAGCAACCACUACAGACAUCCAAAUCUGGUAUUCAACAAAUAAUUGAGUGCUUUCGAUCAGGAACUAAACAGCUGAAACACAUUUUAUUAAAAGAUGUGGACACUAUUUUUGAAUGUAAAUUAUGCCGAAGUCUUUUCAGAGGAUUACCAAAUUUAAUUACCCACAAAAAAUUCUACUGCCCACCAAGUCUCCAGAUGGAUGAUAACCUUCCUGAUGUAAAUGAUAAACAAAACCAAGCCAUAAAUGAUCUCCUAGAAGCCAUAUAUCCAAGUGUGGACAAGCGAGAAUAUAUUAUUAAGCUAGAACCCAUAGAAACUAAUCAAAAUGCCGUGUUUCAGUAUAUUUCAAGGACUGAUAAUCCAACUGAAGUCACAGAGUCAAGCAGUACUACUCCUGAACAAACUGAAGUUCAAAUACCAGAAAGUGACACUGACCAGUCUAAAACAGUACCAGUUACAGUUACAGAGGAGGAAACUGUAGAGCUCCCUCCUGUUGAGAUGGCUGCAGAUGAAGUUGCACCCACAUCUAAUGAACAACCUCAGGAAUCACAGGCUGACUUGGAAACUUCUGACAAUUCUGAUUUUGGUCACCAGUUGAUAUGUUGUCUUUGUAGAAAAGAAUUUAAUUCCAGGCGAGGUGUUCGUCGUCACAUUCGAAAAGUACAUAAGAAAAAGAUGGAAGAAUUAAAAAAGUACAUUGAAACACGAAAGAAUCCAAACCAAAUCUUUAAAGGACGCAGUAAGAAUCUUCUAGUUCCAUUAAGUAGGAGUUGUCCAGUAUGUUGUAAAUCAUUUGCUACAAAAGCGAAUGUUAGGAGGCAUUUUGAUGAAGUUCAUAGAGGACUAAGGAGGGAUUCAAUUACUCCCGAUAUAGCAACAAAGCCUGGGCAACCUUUGUUCCUGGAUUCUGUUUCUCCUAAAAAAUCUUUUAAGACUCGAAAACAAAAGUCGUCUUCAAAGGCUGAAUACAAUUUAACCGCAUGCAAAUGCCUCCUUUGCAAGAGGAAAUAUAGUUCACAAAUAAUGCUUAAAAGACAUAUGCAAAUGGCCCACAAGAUAACUCUUUCUGGGACAAACUCUAAAAGAGAGAAAGGCCCUAAUAAUACUGCCAACAGUUCAGAAAUAAAAGUUAAAGUUGAACCAGCAGAUUCUGUAGAAUCUUCACCCCCUUCCAUUACCCAUUCUCCACAGAAUGAAUUAAAGGGAACAAAUCAUUCAAAUGAAAAAAAGAACACACCGGCGGCACAGAAAAAUACAGUUAAACAAGACUCUGAAAGCCCUAAAUCAACCAGUCCUUCGGCUGCAGGUGGCCAGCAAAAAACCAGAAAACCAAAACUUUCAGCUGGCUUUGACUUUAAGCAACUUUACUGUAAACUUUGUAAACGUCAGUUUACUUCCAAACAGAACUUGACUAAACACAUUGAGUUGCACACAGAUGGGAAUAACAUUUAUGUUAAAUUCUACAAGUGCCCUCUUUGCACUUAUGAAACUCGCCGGAAGCGUGAUGUGAUACGACAUAUAACUGUGGUUCAUAAAAAGUCAUCCCGCUAUCUUGGGAAAAUAACAGCCAGUUUGGAGAUCAGAGCUAUAAAAAAGCCCAUUGAUUUUGUCCUAAAUAAAGUGGCAAAAAGAGGCCCUUCAAGGGAUGAAGCAAAACUUAGCGAUUCAAAACAUGAUGGCACUUCUAACUCUCCUAGUAAAAAGUAUGAAGUAGCUGACGUUGGUAUUGAAGUAAAAGUCACAAAAAACUUCUCUCUUCACAGAUGCAAUAAAUGUGGAAAGGCAUUUGCCAAAAAGACUUAUCUUGAACAUCAUAAGAAAACUCAUAAGGCAAAUGCUUCCAAUUCACCUGAAGGAAACAAAACCAAAGGCCGAAGUACAAGAUCUAAGGCUCUUGUCUGAUAACUUCAAGUGAUGUACGAAAAGGUUUGGAGUUCAUAUUUGUGGAAAGACUUUAAAUUGGUGUUAGAACCACUAAACGUCUUCAAAUGGUACUAUGAGAAAAAAAAAAAAAAGAAAAACAUUUUCAUAAAUAUUUGACUGUAACUGCUGUUUUCUCACUAAAAGGAUAAUUAUAACCACUUGUUUCAAAGGCUCUGCCUUUCCCAGCACUUUUAAGUAGCUGUGACAUUUAUAUAUUGUCAUCGCAGUCCAUCAGCUAACCAGUGUCUACAAAAAUGUUACAAAUUUUGUUUUUCAAACAAUUUGCUGAUUAAAGCAAUCAACAACCUGAAGAAAAUAUCACCACUGGUGAUUUUUAAUUGACAAAGACUUGAUACCUUAGUGAUUUUAGUUUUGUUCCACUUCAUUUGGCAAAAUUUUCAUCUGGAUUGUACAGAUACCUGGUUUCCUAGUGAGUGUAUGUUAUAACCGAAAGACAAAUUAGUAUCAACACAUUAUACAUAUUUAGCUUACUAAUUAUUGGUAAUUACUUUUACAUUCGUUUAUUUCUAACUUGUUCUCCAGCACUUAAAUGUUUGGAAGUUUCAUUCUAAAAUAUAUACUUACAGAAAAGUUCCAGUUCAUUUUCACCCAUGAUCAUUACAUUUUUCAUUUGUAAACAUCUGAGGUUUUUAUGAAAAUUUAACAUUCCCCUAUUUUUCUUUAAAUUUUAUACAAAGCACUUUAAUGAUAGAUGCAACUUAAUUUUUCAGUUUCUAUUUUUUUAAAAGACCACACAUUUACUAAUGUUAAUAUGAAGGUAGUAAAUAGCUUACCGAUAUUUUAUGGAUGCUGACAAUCCAUGCACAACCACUUCUUACGAUACUAGUUUAUUUCUUUAAAUAUUGCUAAAAAAGGCAGUUGGGUGUAAACCCUGAUUUUUUUCCUCCCAAGUAAAAUCUGAAAUGACCACUUUAGCUAUUUGAUUCCUACUGUAAAAUUUGGAAAAUAAUGAAUUCUUGUUCAUUUUUAUAAUCAAGAUUUUAGGAAAAAUAGAAGUACACCUAUCUUUAUGAAAUUUUGGACAGGUUUUAUGUAUCAAUCUUUUGUACUUUUUAGGGAAUAUUUUAUUUUUUAGUAAUUUUUGUCAAAUUAUAAUUUUAAAAGGUACAGCAGAGAAUAUACCAUGUUUUUAUAUAGGUUCAUACCUGUACUUAGGAGGGACCCUGCCCAUCUAUAUACUUUUGUAUAAAAUUUUAAAAUGUUGAAGAUCCACAAGGUCAUAAUAAAAUACUUCUAUAGCUAGAGAAACAUUUACCCUCCCUAGUGCUUUGCACUAAAAUAUACUGUGAAAGGAAACUAGAAAGACUGUAACUGUUGCUGGAAAUGUUCUAUAUUGAAUGUACAUGCUCUUGUUGGAAAAAUGUACUAUAUGUGAUGGAAAUAAACCAGACUUGGAGUUAUUUCAGCUAAAUGUGCUUCAACAAAGGUGCAUUGGUUGAAACUUAAAUGUUUUAUUAUCAAAUUUAAAUUUAUUCAGUGACUAUGAGCAGCUACACUUGAAUUAUAUCUUGAUAGUUUUAUUUUUAAAAAUUAGAGUUAUAAUUUCUCUUUAAUUUAAAAACAGAUUUACUUUUCCACAUAUGGAAAACUUGUACUUAUAGGUCUAACUUUAAUGAUUAAUAGUGUAAUAUAUUUAGGGAUCUAAAUGUGUAGGUGGUAUUUCAUUUAUAAACCAUCUUCAUUAGUUGCACAUUAUUAAACAUGUAUGUUUGACUUUU